AUGGCAAUAGACCACGCGUCCCCUCUCGAAACUGCAAUGCUGGGCGUGCAGGGAGGAGCGGGGCGCGACGAGGAGGCGGAGAACCAGCGGUGGCCGCCGUGGCUGAAGCCGCUGCUGGCGACGAGCUUCUUCGUGCAAUGCCGGGCGCACGCCGACGCGCACAAGAGCGAGUGCAACAUGUACUGCCUCGACUGCAUCAACGGCGCGCUCUGCUCGCUCUGCCUCGCCCACCACCGCGACCACCACGCCAUCCAGAUUCGGAGGUCGUCGUACCACGACGUGAUCCGGGUGUCGGAGAUACAGAGGGUGCUGGACAUCACCGGCGUGCAGACGUACAUCAUCAACAGCGCGCGCGUGGUGUUCCUCAACGAGCGCCCGCAGCCGAGGCCGGGCAAGGGGGUCACCAACACCUGCGAGGUCUGCGAGCGCAGCCUGCUGGACUCGUUCCGCUUCUGCUCCCUCGGAUGCAAAAUUGUAGGCACGUCCGGCGGCCACCGGCCGAGGAAGAAGCACGGCGGCGUCGAUGGCGGCAAGAAGAAGAAGAAGAGAGCGGCGGUCAAGGAGGCGCGGUCGGACUCGGAGCACUCGUGCACGAGCACCAGCGGCGGGAGCAGCGACAAGAGCAGCGUGGUGCAGAGCUUCUCGCCGUCGACCCCGCCGGCCACCUCCAGCAGCUACCGCGCCGGCAACAAGCGCCGCAAGGGCAUCCCGCACCGGUCGCCGUUCGGCAGCCUCAUCGUGGAGUACUAG